ACCACAGCUGUUUAUUAUCAGAGAAAUAGCAACACCUCUUUUCAGGAAAGAGUCAGAGAUCUGGAGAAGGAACGAGAUUUGCUGAAGGAGGAUUAUGACAAACUUCUGGAGAGUUGCAUCAGCGUUGCCCAGCAGAAUCUGGACGAGGUGCCCCAGAAGGACAACGUCCCUCCUUUGGAAGAGCAACUCAGAUCAGUGAGGGCUGAGAAGCAGCAGCUUCAGGAGCAGCUAAAAGAGGAAAGAGCUUGGAAUGAGGCGCUGAAGCAGGAAGUGAGCCAUUUGCUGCUGACACAUGCACAGGAAACGGAGCCCUCACUGGAGAAGGCUGCCAUUUUUGAAAACCCAGCUAGAGAGCAAGAACCUCAGUCCAACCCAAGCCAGGCAAUGCACAUGGAGGGAACCUCCGGAGAGGCCGAAAAGGAAGAGGCAUUCCCCCACCGAAGCCUAAAGCGGCGGCUUCACGAGACAGAGGCCGCCCAUGCCGAGACCGUGCUGGAGCUGGAGAAAACCCGGGACAUGCUUAUCUUGCAGCACCGCAUCAACCGGGACUACCAGGUGGAGCUGGAUGGAGUGUUGCAGCAGGCUGAGCGGGAGAAAAAGCAGCAUGAAGAGAGGCAGCAUCAGAUGGCCCAGCUUUUGGACCUGCGUAGUGCUCGCAUCCGCCAACUUGAAGAGCAGCUGAAGGACGUGGCUUACGGAACAAGGACAGUCCCAUAUCUCCCAGAUGAUGGUAAUGCAUAUAUGGACGCAGAUCCCGAGAAGGCCCCGCAGCUGCGGCGUGGAGAGAACCUCUUUGAGCUGCAUAUUUCCAGCGCAGUGCUGUCAGAGGAGGCGCUGCGGUUGCUCGGGGACCCUGAGCCCGUCACCUUCUGCACGUAUUCCUUCUACGACUUCGAGACUCACUGCACGCCCAUGGUGCGCGGCACCCGGCCCUCCUACAACUUCACCUCCCAGUACGUGGUGCAGGCGGAGCCUUUCUUCCUGCGGUACUUGCAGGGGGCCAGCACCCGCCUCGACCUCCACCUCGCCUCGGCACUUGACCACACCACCCUGGCCUCCUGCUGGCUGCGUUUUGGCGAAGCGCUGGGGAGCGGGGAGCAAGUUCAUGCCACGGCAGCCCUGCGUGGUCCUCAUGGAGAGGACUAUGGCCUCCUGGAAUACUGGACGAGGCUUCGCUUUCCCAUCGAGCAGAUCCUGAGGCUGUACCGCCAGCGGGCCAAAGCACUGGGCUACCUGUCUGCUGGAGUGGCACCGUCACAUGCUCCAGUGGCUCAGCAGAGCUGGCAGCAGCAAGAAGCAGGGGCCCUGGGCCCUGGCUGGAAUGAAUUCCGUGUGCGGAUUGAAGGCUGCGCCAGUCUCCGCAGCCGCUGGCUUGGCUCGCAGCCCAGCCCGUACGCCAUGUACCAGUUCUUCACCUUCCCAGACCAUGACACAUUCAUCAUCCCUUCGAGCAGCAACCCCCACUACGGGGACCUGCAGAAAUUCGUUUUGCGCAUCACACCUGAGCUGCACCAUUACCUGCUCCUAGAAAGCCUCUGGGUGUAUGUAUUUGACGAUGAAGAUCCAGAACCUGGUAGCUACCUGGGCAAAGCCCAGAUCCCACUAUUGCCGCUAGCCCAUGGACGUAGUGUCACAGGAGAUUUUGUCCUCACGGACCAAGCAGGGAAACCCAACGGUUCCAUCAGCCUGAGCCUAGAGUGGAAGCAUCUUUAUAUUCCGCCAGAAGAUGUCCAUCGCCAGGUAUCCUUGGACCGCGAACAGCAUCAACAGUCUUUAGAGCAGCAGAUUGAGGAAGAGCAAGCCACACUGAGAAGUCAGGCUCCAAGAGUGCACAGCACUGGCCAUUUGUCUUCCAGUCGCCAGAGAAAGAAGCCACGUCUCUCCCUGACCGAGGCAGAGAAGCGUGUUCGAACACACGCCAGGCUAGAAGAUGAAGCCAAAAGCCCAGCCCAAGUGGCACUGGGAGAGCUGAAAGAAGAGGAAGAAGAGACACCUGCCCUCGAAGAAGAGGGGAUGCCAACAAGGCACCAGGCCUCAGAGGCUGAAUCAAGCCCAUCGGCUGAAGCAGUCAUCCUAAAGGACUCCGCCUCAGAAGAGCCAGACACCACCAGCGAUGCCCAGACCACCGAGAGUGAUGAAGUGGUGGCUGCAGCAUCUGGGCUUCAGGGGCCCCCGGAACUGGAGCCUUCAGAAAGAAUUCGCGUGGAGAUCGUCUCCCUGAGCCUAUAUCCAGAUAGCCAGCCAGCUGCCAAUGAGAGCAUCCAGCAGGUGUAUGUGGAAUACCGUUUCCCGGGAGUGCCACUGGAGGAAACAGAGACCCCUUUCUCAUUGCGGAAGCCGCAGGGAACCCAGGAAAUCUACUUCCACUUCAGCAAGGUGAUCAAGCUGGACCCAGACCCGGAAAGCACACAGAGGCAACAGCUGUUUUCCAUGCUGGAGGAAGAAGAGACCAAGCAGAACUGGCUGCAGUUCAUAGUGGUGAGUGAGCCCCUGCCUGGGGCUGGAGGCGAGUGCGAGGAUGUGGGUGUGGCCUACUUGGACCUGCGGGAGAUGCUGCUAACAGGAAGUGACAUGCUGGAACAUGAGCUACAUGUUGCCAGUUCCUUGGAUCCCAACACGGAUAUCGGGACGCUGAAGGUCUCUGUAGAAGCAGCUGCUGCCCUGCGUGCGAUCUACUGGGCGGGGAAGAGGGAAAGGAACGAACCAUGAGGGGUGAGCGCGCGGGAGGCCGAGCACUAGAAUCAAUGGGACUCUAUGACCGAAAGGAUGCUUGGGAGCAUUGGAGAGAAGGCAAGGAAGAAGCCGACAAAUAAACUUUCCAAAUACUUUA